UCGUCCUUUAACAUCUUCUGAAAAAAUGAAACAGAAAUCAUAGCAAUGAUGCUUUAAUAGAAAAUCCAAGCAUACAAAGGGUUUUCCCUCAUUAAAUUAGUCAUUUUCAAAGAACUGUACCAAUCCAAAAAAAACAACAACCAAAAAACAGUAAAACCCUGGACCAUGGAGCAGGUUAACCCUGAUGUUCACAAUGAAACUGUUAUGAGAGACAGGUCUGGAAUGUCAUCAGCAUUCUUGAGGCCCAUACCCCUCCCAGACCUCCUUAUAAACUGGUCCACAUAAACUCAAUCCAUAGUUGUGAAGACAGCUCACUUGCUGGGAGUGGGAGGAAGAUAAACAGGUUUGAGUAAUCCAUCCAUCCAUCCAUCUUCUAUACCUCUUAUUCCUCAGGGAACCUGGAGUCUAUCCCAGGGAGCAUUGGGCACAAGGCGUGGUACACCCUGGACAGGGUGCCAAUCCAUCACAGGGCACAAUCACAUACACACUCACACACCCACUCAUAUAUUACGGACACUUUAGACAUGCCAAUCAGCCUACCAUGCAUGUCUUUGGACUGGGGAAGGAAACCCCCACAGCACAGGGAGAACAUGCAAACUCUGCACACACAGGGCAGCGGGAAUCGAACCCCCAACCCUGGAGGUGUGAGGCGGACCUGCUGAGUAAUAAUGGAUGCAAUUCUGUAUGAUGAUUAUGGACACUCUAUGUGGUAAGAGACUGGAUUCACUUGUAGAAGUGUUUUUAAAGGGCCACUGAAUCUUGGACUUGUCGUAUGGGAGUCUCAAGUCUCGUAUGGGAGUGGUUGGAAUCUUAGGACUGUGGCGUGAGGAGGUGUGGGAAGAGGGAAAAAGGCGGCAGGCUUUAGAGAAAGAGUUGGUGAGAACUUUGUUGUUGAAUCCUUGUGAAACUGGUAGAUCAGUUCUGAGCGUCGUGGUAUGGGUAGAGGUUCCUAGGGGAAGAUGGUGAGAUGUUCUAGUUUGUGCACAAGCUGAGCAUUCUUUGUCAAAAUCCAUCACAUUGCUCUUCAUGGAGGACCAUCAGAAUCUGUUGGUUGCCAGGGUGACAGUAAAUUGUUCAUACAACGUACCGCAAGGUGUUGCAGUGGGUAGCGUUGCUACCCUGGUGCUCCUGGGUUAGGUUACUGAUGUUUUGCAUGUCAGAACCAUGUCAUGAACCAGGUGGGGGGUUUCCUCCCAUCUCCCUAAAACAUGGCGUUAAGAUGACUGGCUACGCUAAAUUGGCCCUAGGUGUGAAUGCGUGUGUGAAUUUGUGCAUGGUGCCUUUCAAUGGAAGCUUGAACACACUGUGGAACACACUGACCAGGAAAAAGUAGAUAGUGAGGAUAAAUAAAUGAAUAAUAUUUGACAUUAAAACAUCUGUAUAAUCAAACGACAUCUCAUUACAUACACAGUACCAAAUUGCAAGAGAAUGAAAUUUCCUGUUCUUUAUGCAGCUUACAUUGUGGACUAGGCAAAGCUUCUGAAUCCUUUCUCUCUUAUGUAAUGUGUUUCUAGAAAUUUGAUAAAGCGUGCUUAGUAGCCUUUACAAAAGCUGACGCACAGCAGUUUUGCACAGCAGUUUUUGACCUAUACAAUAGCCCAGUGAACAGCCUGGAUUUGUCUGGGUUUGGCCAAGCAUGAAGGAUAGUUCAGUCACAGGUUAUUAGUUAUGUAAACCACUUUGCUCUGAACACAUGGUGAGCGCAAAGGGAUUGUUCCAAAUCAGUCAGCAUUGUACAUGUUGCCUAUAAAAGAUGUGCUCAGCCAUAGCUCUGGUUUCAACUUGGAGCACAUUUUCAAACUAUAGGCAUUAAAGGCUCGAGGGAACAAUUAACAAAUCAGGAGGAUUUACACAGAAUUUGGGAAACCGCCUCGAUGGAUUCAGACCAAAUAGAUGGCGGCAAUCUGAGCCAUGGCAAAAAGAACGGUGUAAGGGUAAGUGGGAAACAUGUAGCCUCUUCGGAUUGGGAUACAAGAAGGUUUGAUUUGCCUAUAGUCCAGACUAACUUAUCUGCUCCAAGUCCCACUGACAACUCCACUAUAAUUUCGAUUGGCCCACACUACUGGCCCACUGUCUCCACUGCAGCGCAGCCCGAGGACUUCGCUUGUACUGAUGAAUGGAAUAGAGAAGGCAACCCAGACAACCUACCUCCAGGAGCAGGUGUUUCUAGCGUUUCUAAACAAACAAUGGAGGAACUGAAAAGCCUGCUGAGAGAGCGAGAUGAAGACCAAUUAGUUCGUCAUCGCUGCCACAUGCCUGGACAGAGAAUCGACUGUAAACCAGAUGACAUACCAACUAAGUCCUUCACAACCUUCAAGCCCACUCUAGGGAGUAGUAGAACAAGAGAUAAUGCUUCAUCUGGUCGGGAAUCUGGUGGUUCUUCGAAGACAGGUGGGCAUACAAAUAGUCCCACCGGUUUUACGUCACCCACCAGUGAAAGACCAUACUGGGUCGACCCUGGGACAUCACCGACAGAUAACAAGAAGAAUCCCGACACAGAAUACCACGGAUCCCAAAACUUCAUUUCAGAGGUUGAACACAUAAAGCAGCAGAUCAACCGUGAGAAUAUAGGCUUUGUUCGCUUUGAAGCCACCGAUCUCCAUGGUGUAUCUAGAUCCAAGACUGUCCCUGCUUCCUUAUUUCAUGAAAAAGCAGUUUAUGGUGUGCCCAUGCCUAGAAGCUACCUGGAGCUGACACUGAGCCCCAAGGAAAAUGAGGUUGAUCAUCCAGUUGCUGCCAGUUUCAACAAUGAUAUUCUUCUGAUCCCUGAUCUCUCCACCUUCCGGGUCCUUCCUUGGGCUGAGCAGACUGCUCGUAUCAUUUGCGAUCCUUGUACCAUCACAGGGAUCCCUCUGCGUACAUCUCCUCGCUUUAUUGCUAAGCUGAUGCUGGGUCAGCUUCAAGCCAUGGGAUUCUCCAUCCAUUCUUCUUUCACAUAUGAAUGCUGCAUCUUUGGAGUGCCGGAGCGGAUGGGCUCCAAGGUCAUAUUUUUCCCUGCUACUACUCUACUGAGUAAUCACGACAUGCCUUUCUUACAGCAACUGGUGAGAGGGAUGUACCACAUGGGCAUCAGCGUGGAUAGCUUUGCAUCUGCCAGUGGUCCAGGACAAAUGGAGAUCUGCUUCAAGCCUGCAUUUGGGAUUGAAACCGCCGACGGUGCCUUCACCUUUCGUACUGGAGUUAAAGAAUUGGCCAGAAAGUGUAACUACAUUGCCACCUUCCUUACUGAUGAGACCAUCUACAAUUCUGGCUGCCUGUCCCACAGCCUAUGGGAUGCCAAUGGCAGGAGAAAUCUUUUCCAUUCAGGCACUAGCGAGAUGUCCGAGAUUGGCAAGAAAUGGCUUGGAGGUCUUCUCCACCACUCACCAGCUCUAAGCUGCCUAAUGGCUCCAGGGAUAGGCUACCAGACUCAAAUUUCCAAAGGCAAGUGUUCAAAGAGCAAAUUCUAUGCCACGUGUGGCUGCAACGACAACAGUUGUGCUUUUAACGUGAAGCUUCACUCUGGGCAGGAGACCCACAUUGAGAACAAGCUUGGCUCAGCAAUGGCAAACCCUUACAUAGUCUUGGCAGCUACCAUCGCAGCUGGAUUGGAUGGUAUCAAGCAUAACCUCUGCGCAGAACAGUUCCUUAACAGAGCUCCAGUGCAGCAAAAACAGUUUCCCAUACCUGUUAAACUGGAGGACGCCUUAGUGGCCCUGGCAGAAGACAGUGUGAUUCGUGGGGCGCUGGGUGAGCCAUUUGUGCGUUAUUUCAUUGCCAUGAAACGCCUAGAGAUUGAGACACAGGAGACUGAUACAGACAGGAACAAAACCCUGGAAUACUUCAUCUAGAGAUCAUUUUCAUGUGAUGAACUGGUUUCCCUGUCGGAAGUCAGGUAGAAUAUAAUGAGGUAAAAAUCAUGUAUUACUUCUGAGGAACGUAAAGGGUUAGGGGUGAUGGAGGGGUAGUUUUGUCGUAAUGCACUUGUCAUAAUCCACACCUAGAGUAUAUAGGUCUUGCGACUGUGACUACCAAGACACCGGAAAACACUAUUGUUAUCUUUGAAAUGCGCCAUCGUUUAAUUCGAACAAAAGCCCAUGAAGAGCCUUUAUAUAAAAUGGGAGAAAAAAAACAUACCCCCAAGUUAAAUUCUUACCUUAACGACAACACAAAACUUUAUAAUAGUAUUUAUUUUCACCGAACCCUAGGCCCAGGCUCCACCACUCAGUGAGAUAUUCCAAAUAAAUGCUUUUACUUUCAGCACACAUAUAAAGACGUUUCACUGUGCUUUCAUCCUGCACGCAUAUUUAUGUCCGUUACACAUUACAGGACAACCUUCUAAACACUUUAACCUUUUUAAUCUUAAACCAUAAGACAAAAAUAUACCUCCUUCCUGACAGGUUGCCUUUAACUGAAUUACUCUGAAUGAAUCUACUGGGUGAACUGGCUAAGCAAGAAGUCAUUUUAUUAAGGACAUUUUUCCCCGAGGACCAUUUUCUGAAGAUAUAAAGAUAUAAAACGCAGCAGUGACCGAUUCUUGAUUUCUGAUCCGAAGCUGUAUAUAACUCCGCAUAGAGCAAAAUAACUGGGAAUGCAACAGAUGGAAGUUGAUCACUGUUUUUAUUGCCAAAACAAAGCAUU